CCGCCCCGCGGAGGCGGCGCUCAGGCGGCGGCGGCGGGAGGAGCCGUGAUGGGGUCGCGGCGCGCGCAGACCCGGGGCCCCCUGCAGCCCCCGGCCCCCCGCAACCCGCGGACGCCCCUGCGGACGCCCCCGUGCCCCGCGCUGCUGCUGCUGCCGCUUCUCGUCCUGACAGCCGGAGCUGCCCUGGCCGCGCCCGCGCCCGCACCCGCACCCCGUGCGGAGGACCUCAGCCUGGGGGUGGAGUGGCUGAGCCGUUUUGGGUACCUGCCGCCCACGGAGGCCACCUCGGGGCAGCUGCAGACACAGGCGGAGCUGGGCCGGGCCAUCGCCGCCAUGCAGCGCUUUGCGGGGCUGGAUGCCACCGGCCGGCUGGACACGGCCACCCUGGCACUCAUGAGGACCCCCCGCUGCUCCCUCCCGGACCUCCCGGUCGAGGCCCCAGCUCGGAGGAGGCGCCAGGUGGCCCCCGCCAGAUGGCAUAGGCGGAACCUGUCCUGGAGGGUACGUACCUUUCCCCGGGAUUCACCCCUGGGCCGCGACACUGUGCGGGCCCUGCUGCACUACGCGCUCAGGGUCUGGAGUGACGUGGGGCCGCUGGACUUCCACGAGGUGGCGGGCAACACGGCCGACAUCCAAGUGGACUUCUCCCGGGCCGCCCACAAUGACGCCUUCCCCUUCGAUGGCCCGGGGGGCGCCCUGGCCCACGCCUUCCCACCCGGGGACCCCGCUGCUGGCGACACCCACUUUGAUGCCGAGGAGGCCUGGACCUUCCGCUCCUCCGACGCCCAGGGCGUGGACCUGUUCACGGUGGCGGUGCACGAGUUCGGCCACACUCUGGGGCUGGGCCACGUGGCGGCCCCCCGCUCCAUCAUGCAGCCCUACUACCAGGGCCCGGCCGGGGACCCCCUGCACUAUGGGCUGCCACACCAGGACCGCGUGCUCCUCUGGCAGCUGUACGGUGUGCGGGAGUCCGUGUCCCCAACAGCACAGCCAGAGCCCAAGGAUCCCCCCCUCCUGCCGGAGGCCCCCCACAAUCGCUCCAGCACCCUGCUCAGGACAGAAGCACCUCACAGGUGCCAGGCCCACUUUGAUGCGGUGGCACAGAUCCGGGGAGAGGCCUUUUUCUUCACAGGCCGGCACUUCUGGAGGCUGACAAGGGACCGACAGCUGGUGUCUCCGUGGCCAGCACAGGUUCAGCGCUUCUGGCGGGGCCUCCCCCGGCAGCUGGAUGGCCUGGAUGCUGUGUACGAGCGCCCUGGGGACCACAAGAUCCUGUUCUUCAGAGGGGACAGGUACUGGGUGUUCAAGGACACCAGCGUGGAGGAAGGCUACCCAAGGCCUGUCUCGGACUUCGGCCUCCCGCCUGGCGGGGUGGAUGCCGCCUUCUCCCGAGCCCCUGCUGGCAAGACCUACUUCUUCAAGGACCAGCUGUUCUGGCGCUUUGACGAGCACACGCGCCGCCUAGAGCCCGGCCACCCUGCCCACAGCCCCCCCUGGAGGGGCGUCCCCAGUACGCUGGACGCCGCCAUGCACUGGUCUGACGGUGCCUCCUACUUCUUCCGCGGCCAGGAGUACUGGAAGGUUCCAGAAGACGGGCUGGAGGUGGCUCCUGGGUACCCACAGUCCACUGCCCGGGACUGGCUGAUGUGUGGGGACGCACAGGCCGACCCUGAGGUCAGGACCCCGGCUCCCGGCUGGCAGGGACGCAGCCGCUCAGAGGACAGCUACCAGGUCUGCUCCUGCAGCUCCUGGGCGCCCCCGGGCCCCCUGCCGGCCGCCACGCUGCUGCUGCUACUGCUGCUGCUACCGCCGCUGCCGCUGCCGCCACCCAACCUGUUGUGGAUGGCUGCCCAGGCCCCCGCUCUGUAGCAGCUGGUGGACAGGCUGACACGAGGCUGCCGUGCUCAGAGGACAAGGAUGAGAGCCCAGGGCUAGAAACUGUGGGAGGCCUGGUUGCGGCCACAGCGCCCUGGGACCACACGCCUUCCAUGCACAGCUGCCAUGGGACGGGUCGCGCUCCUCUGCCCGCUGACCCUGUGCCUCCUGCCCCAGCACUGCCAGGCCCAGAGACUCUCAGGGCCCUGCUGGGCACCCGGACCCCAGCCUGGGUCCCUGUGACCCCAUUCUGGCAGGCUCAGGGAAGAGGGCAAGCACGGCAGGUGAGGGUCCAGGCUCUGGCUGAUCCCCACCUCUCCCAGGGACCCCGUCCCUCACACACCAGGGGCACCCUCUCCAGAGAGGGGGCUAGGGAGCAGCUGCCGUCCCCCCAAGUGCUGCCCUCUGCUGGCAGCAACCCCACCCCCAGCCAGGAGCUGCCACGGGUGGGGGCUCAGCGUCCUGUGCUGCUGCCCUAUCCUCUCACCACCACCCUGGUGGCCGGGGCGGGGGCCGGAGAGAGGCCGCCGCCCAGCUGCCCACGGGGCAUCAGGAAGAGCCUUGGGGCAGCAGGCUGUGGGGGGCCAAGAGGGCCGAAGAGCUGAGCCAGAGUUCCUGCUUGAAAUGAAAUGCAGACUCCUGGGCCUGGGGUAGGUGACCCUGCCACACUCCCAUACACAGCUCUGUGCACCCCAAGGUGUGUGCCCAUAUUGCAGAGCUGCAGGGUGCACAGGGGCUGGGCCACCCCGCACUGAGCCCCCAGUCCUGUCUCAGAAGCCACCCCUGCUGUCCCAGUCCUGAUGGGCCUCCUGGGGAGCCCAACAGGGGCCUGCUGGGCCUAGGCCAGGGCUGGAGCUCACAGUGGCAGGCCUCCAUGUUCAAGCCAAACGCUUUUAUAAAAACGUUCCCACCA